AUGGGCCAGGUACCGUGCUCUACUGGCCUCUAUGACAGUCCUGUAAGCAUUCCUGUGCACACGAUAUUUGACAGCUGCCCAGAAGGCAACGGCAUCGGGGCCAUAGCCAUCACCCGGGACGCCAAGUACCUGGCAACCAUCUCAGAUGCUGAAAUCCAGAAAGUUUGCAUCUGGAGGUGGACGUUAGCAGUGGAAACGCCAGCGUGUACUCUUGACCUUCCCAAAGAGUAUGGGUUUCAGUGUGAAGAGAGAGAUAUACUUGCUCACAGUGCCCCACAUUUAACAGAAAAAACGUUCAACAAGCUCGUGGGAAAAUUAACCCAGUCAGUCUUUCAUUUGAAUUUAACACAAAUACUCUCAGCAACAAUGGAAGGGAAGCUGGUUGUCUGGGACAUAUACCGCCCCCCAUCGUCUGCCUCCGCCUCUCUGGACUUUCCUCAUAUCAAACCUUGUAAAUUGGUUCAUUUGCAGAAAGAGGGCAUCACUGUGCUUACUACAGUUGAUAGCUAUAUUGUCACAGGUGAUAUUAGAGGUAACAUUAAGUUCUACGAUCGCACCCUGUCCAUUGUUAACUGGUACAGCCACUUCAAACUGAGCUCCAUAAGGACCCUGUCCUUUUCAAAGACCCCAGCAGCUCCGCCUACCGAAAAAUCAAACUAUCCUCCAGACUGCACUUUAAAAGGUGACCUUUUCAUCGUAAGGAAUCUUAUCAUUGGAACAUCUGACGCUACAGUGUACCACUUAACAACAGACGGGACCAAACUUGAGAAGUUAUUCGUGGAGCCCAAGGAUGCCAUUUGUGCCAUCUCCUGCCACCCGUAUCAACCCUUCCUCGCCAUUGGGAGUCUCUGUGGGAUGAUCAAAGUGUGGGAUUAUGAAAAGAAAAAAUACCUUUUCAGCAGGGUCUUUGAGAAGGGGCUCGGCAUCCAGAGUCUAACCUAUAACCCUGAAGGAGUCCUUCUUGGAGCCGGCUUCACCGAAGGGACAGUUUACAUCCUCGAUGCAAUGUCCUUAGAAAACCAAAUCCCGGAGCCUUUCAAAUAUUCCAGAACCAGCGUGACUCACGUCAGCUUCUCGCAUGACUCCCAGUACAUGGCAACUGCUGAUGUAUGUUUUACCGUGUCUGUUUAUGUGGUGGUAGUCAGAAAUGGACACAGGGUCUGGGAAUAUCUGGCAAGACUUCGUUCUCAUCGCAAAAGCAUUUGCAGUCUCCUGUUUGGGGUUCAUCUGGACAGCAAUGAGCCGAGACUGCUGAGCCUCGGGAAAGACAGGCUCUUGAUUGAGUAUAAUCUUCUUAAGAGCUCCAAAGACCACCUGGAAGUCCUGGACAUUCACCGAACCGAUCAGGGCAACUACCCUACCUGUAUGGUCUGGUACCCACCACUCACCAGGGAACUCUUCCUGCUCAUUUGCAACAGUGGCUACAAAGUGAAACUUUUUAAUUCCACCACGAAAAUGUGCAGAAAGACGCUUCUUGGGCCAGUUUAUGGUUCUUCCAUUGAACAGGUACAAAUCCUCCCAGUGAAGAGCACCUUGGAACUGCAGAAACGCUACAUGGUGUUUAUUAACAGAGACAAGGUUGGACUUCAGAUCUUACCUGUUGAUGGCAAUCCACAUAAGACAUCUGCUAUUAUAUGCCACCCAAGCGGGGUGGCUGGAAUGACCGUUUCCUAUGACGGCUGCUAUGCCUUCACGGCAGGAGGACAUGAUCGAUCGGUGGUGCAAUGGGAAAUCAACUUAAGUGCUCUGGAGGCUGCAGUUUCUCUCGGGGGCGAAGACUUGACCCCGUUCUACGGUCUGGUGGCUGGUGGCAGGGAAGGAAAAUUCUACAGGGAGCUGGAAGACUAUUUUUACUAUUCUCAGCUCCGUAGUCAAGGAAUUGAUACAAUGGAGACCAGAAAGGUGUCGGAACACAUUUGCCUGUCGGAGCUUCCUUUUGUCAUGAGAGCAGUUGGCUUUUACCCCUCGGAAGAAAAGAUUGAAGAUAUGUUUAAUGAAAUCAGAUUUAGUGAGUAUGUAGACACUGGAAAGCUAAUUGACAAAAUCAACUUACCAGAUUUCUUCAAAGUUUACCUUAAUCACAGACCACCUUUCGGGAACACCAUGCGUGACAUUCAGCAUAGCUUUGACAUCCUUGGUUUUACCAAUUCAAAAGGAGAGAAGGUUAUACGAAGAGAAGAUUUCCUAAAACUGCUUCUAACGAAAGGUGAGCACAUGACUGAGGAGGAGAUGUGUGACUGCUUUGCUACGCUGUUUGGACUGAAUCCCGAGGGGUGGAAAUCCGAGCCCGCAGCCUCCUCCAUCAAAGGUUCAGAAAUCUGCUUUGAAGAACAACUUCCAGACGAAAUCACUGCAGAAAUAUUCACGACUGACAUUCUUGGCCUAACCAUUUCACAAGAUUUCACACAAGAUCCUCUGGUCAGUGAAGUUGUGAGGAAUGUUUGA